AUGCUGAAACCAACUUUGUCGUCACUCGUUACGAAGCGCCUCGGCGCUGGCUGGACUUGCGCCCGAUGUCGCAGCCAGGGUCCCAGACCGACCAGCAACUUCCCCCGAGCACCGAUACCAAGGCGAUAUGGCACCGCAGGACCUUCGUUCGGAUCGCCACCAAAACCGAAGUCACGCCGGCGGGCGGCGGUACUUUUAGCAACCGCUGGGGGAGGGGCGGCUACGAUGCUGCUCUCGGUUGGGGACGAUGUCAAAAAUACUUACGAAGCAAUGGAGCGCUCGGGGAGCGUGGCGUCAACUCUUAUUCUAUGUAUUAAUGACUACCGAACAACGCUCAACCAGCGGGAUAAACUCGACGACGUAGACGAGAGGGAACACGUACUCAAGGCCUGUCACAAGCGAUGCGCAGACAGGACCCUGAAAGUGCUCGAGAAAAAUGGGGGGAUAUUCAUCAAGCUGGGACAACACCUGAGCGCUAUGAACUACCUCCUCCCCCCGGAAUGGACGACGACAUUCAUACCCCUCCAAGACAAGUGUCCAGUCUCCUCGUUCGAGUCGAUUGAGCAGAUGUUCAAGAAUGAUACAGGGGACGAGCUUUGGGACUACUUCUCCGAGUUCUCGACCGAGCCCAUUGGCGCCGCAUCAUUGGCACAAGUGCAUCUGGCAACGAUCAAAGAGACGGGGCAGAAGGUGGCUGUCAAGGUCCAGCAUCCAAGCCUCCAGCAAUGGUCAAAGUUGGACAUGUCGCUCACCAGCUUCACCUUCUCGACCCUCAAGCGCUUCUUCCCCGAAUACGACCUCGAAUGGCUGUCUUCUGAGAUCGAGGUGUCGCUUCCUCUCGAACUCAACUUUGAGCGCGAGGCUGAGAACUCAAAGCGCACAAAAGAUUACUUUUCGCGCAUCCCAGAGCUCCCACUCGUCAUCCCGGAUGUCAUCUGGGCUAAGAAGCGCAUUCUCGUCAUGGCCUGUGAGGCGGGCCGCCGCCUUGACGACCUUGAAUACAUAGACAACAGCGGCAUCGACCGCGACGAGGUCUCGGCUACACUGGCAAGGAUAUUUAACGAGAUGAUCUUUGGCGACAACGCACCACUGCACUGCGACCCGCACGGGGGCAACAUCGCGAUUCGCAAGAACCCCUCCCGGCGCGGCGCCAACUUCGACGUGAUCCUGUACGACCACGGCCUGUACCGCGACAUCCCGCAGUCGCUGCGGCGCUCGUACGCCAAGAUGUGGCUGGCCGUCAUCGACGGCGACAUGGAGCGCAUGAAGAAGUACGUGAACGAGGUCGCCGGCAUAGGCGAGGACAAGUUCCCGCUGUUCGCGUCGGCCAUCACGGGGCGUGACUUCAGCGUCGUCAGCUCCUCCAUCACCAAGCCCAAGGAGGCCAGCGAGCAGAAGACCAUGAGCGGCGCCCUGCAGGAGGGCUUGCUCGUGGACCUCGUGCAGAUGCUUGGCCAAGUACCGCGCAUCAUCCUGCUCAUUCUCAAGACGAACGAUCUCACGCGGAGUUUGGACGAGAACCUGCACACGCGGCAGGGACCGGCACGGCAAUUUUUGAUUCUUGCGCGGUACUGCAUGCGGACAGUGUUUUACGAGCAGCUGGAGGAAAUCAGGCAGCGGGGGUCAUUGUAUUGGCCACCGAAUGCCAUUAGGCUGUUCGCGGCGUGGCUGGGGUAUAUGAGGGUGGGUAUCAAGCUAGAGGCGUUCGAGUUGUGGAUUAGUAUCAAGCGUGCAUUUGGGUCUCAGAACGACAUUGGCUUGGGCGGCAUGGCAUAG